AUGACGGAGACGGUUCGCGGAAAUGAGCAGAAAGAACCUGAAAUUGCUGAAAGCAGUAAAAAGAAAGAAAUAUACAAAUAUGAUCAGGAAACGAUGCUGAAGGUUUCCAUGUUGCCUGCGUCUAAGGUUCGCCCGGAAUGUUUGCCCGAAGAUUUUGACGUUGUCUUUCAAGGAGCUGAAGGUACUGUUGUAAAAUUAUGGAGUCCAGAUUUGUGGAUUCAGAGUUUGUGGGACCGCGAAGAUAGAACAGGGCCGUCGGCAUCUUUCCGAAAUGGUCGAGCGCGUCCAGCUGAAGCAGAUUUCCGAAAACGUCUGGGGAAACGUAGUGUCAGUCCUCACAAGAAAGAAGAGUCCACCCGAAAUGUUCCCUUCCCGCCGCAUGACGUCUGUGUGGAAACUGGUGGCUUGCCGCUUGGUAACGUCAGGGGUCGUGGUCGUGUGCAGCAGCGAGGAGGGGGAGGCGACAAUUGGCGUGAACAUCCGCUGAAUAGUCGCAACAAAGAAAAUAAGGACACCAGGUUCCGUUCUUCGAAUUGGUCGAACAACCACCGAUACGAUCGAAGAUCGAACGCCGGUAGCACUAAAGAGCUUCCUGAGUGGGCGACAUACAAUCCGACUGAACAAGACGAAACUAUGGAGUUGCACGGCUUUGAGGACGACGUGAAUCAGGAAGUGCCUCCUGAUUCCAAGCCACCUACCGCUGUUGUAACAAAGGCCGCUGAUACGAUGAAGGGUAGCAUGCUGGACAAUAUUCUCCUCUCUGCCAACCUGGCCGCCGACCGUUCUGCCGGGUUGCUGUCCAAAGGGCCUAUUGACGACAUGUUUGCUGCUUCGGCUGAAAAGUUUAACAUG